CCAAGUUUUUUUCCCCUGUUUCAGACUAUAAAGCAUUCCAAAACCCCACGAGAAAACUGAAAACCCCAAAACCCCAAGCUCCUACCGUUCACUCUCUCCAUCAGGAAUAGAAACAGAAAGCUAGUUAUGAAUCAAGAACGAGUGAUCAUCUUCUGCGGGCAUAUGCGUGAUGAACCUUUCGUCUUCUCAGAAGAUGAUGGAUGUUGCAAGACUACGAUGUCAUGGUUUAGUAUUUUGGUUCCAGAGAUCCGUUCUCCUUCUUCGGGUACUGCACCAUCAUCUUCUCCUUUGAGAACUCUUAAGAGUACUCUAUCUCCGUUCUCCGUCUUGAAACUUCCGACGAGAACCUUUUUUACGGCAGUGGGCUCUAACAUCUUCAUUUUUCACGACUCUGUAAAUAAAAUACUUACUUUCAACAACUCCUCCGGCGAUUGGAAGCUCGCUCCUCCAAUGAAUUAUCCUAGAACAUCCCCUCACGUCAUUGUCCUGGAUGGUAAGUUAUACGUUAUAGGUGGUUUAAUACAGCCUAUAGGUGGUUUGAAAUUUCCAUUACCUGCCAACUAUUGCUUUAUGGAGUUUUUUGACCCUGAUAUUGGAACUUGGGAACCCUUGCCCAAUCCUGAUCAACCCUUUAUGGAUCAAUUCCAUCAGGAUCAAUUCCAUCAACCUAGGGAGAUGGUGACCGCCCUUCUUCGUGACAGAAAAAUUCUUGUUACCUCCUACACUGAGUCUAUUUUGUACGUCUACUAUAUCGAUUAUCGCGUUUGGACCCUUUUUUCAGAUUUGUCCUACCUAUCUAAAAGGAAUUUGCCUCAUCUCCCAUGUUUGUCCAACCUAUCUAAAGGGAAUUUUCUUUUGUCACCCGAUAUGGUUAAAUCUGUUGGUGUUGGUGACAUGCUGUAUAGGGUUUCCUUUGACCACGUUGAUCAUCCCAAGUAUUUGGUUAUUCAGGCUUUUAAUUUAGCUCUAGAUCAGUGGUUUGAGGGCUGCCUGAAUGUAGGAAGUGAAAUUUUUGGGGAAUUUAAUGAAGUUCUAGAGGAUGGAUAUCCUUGCUGCGGUCUUAUCCAUCUAUCUGAUCAGAAAUUCUGCCUACUUCUUCAAUCUUCCUACUCAGAGGAUGGCAACGGCAAUGGCGAUUUUGAUAGGAGGAGAAGUGCCUAUUUCAAACCUCAUUCUGCAUCUUCUUUUUACUUGUAUUCUGUGGUUCUUGAAGUUUCAAUGAUAUUAGACAAGCCCAGGGAUCUCGCGGGUUUCAUGGGGUUGAAUAUUGUUGUUCUGUCCACCGAAAAAUAUCGCUUGGUUAGUCCAUUACUAAUUCAAGAUGCAAUGUUGGUGGAUAGUACAUUUCAUCCAUCAAAUAUGCUGGCCUUGAGGUGCAAUGAGUCGUUGCUAAAAGAAUUUGGGAUGGCCCGACCCUCUAAGGCAGUGUGUGAGGAACUCCUGCAGCAGCAUCUCGUCAUUGCUAAACGAAUUUGGGAUGGCCCGACCCGUGAGGAACUCCUAUUUAAUCUUUAAGUGUUUUAAUGUUAUAGUUGUAAAUUAAUUUUGGAUGGUAGCUACUAAAUUACCUGGCUGCUUGAUUGACAAACAAAUAUUAAUGGGAAGAAUAUUUGG